AUGCACAUCUUACUCCAGCAGCAACAUCUUCUUCGGCGACAUGCUCAGAUUCUGCAGCUUCCUAUUGUCCAUUUUUGUCCUCAGUCAUUCAUCAUCUCAAAUGGCUUUUGGACAGAACCUCCGCAAUCCGCAUCGCCGACGAGGAGGACGACGAUGUUGACAACCAGAUCAUGGACUUUGCAGUUGCCGACUGCGUGGCCCGCACGCCUUCCAUCGAGGCCGGGGAGGCAUUGGGUAGUAAGGGCCAAGGAUAAGCGUUGCACAGCGGCGGACGACGUCGCCCAGGCGCCAGGCCAACACAUCUCCAGGAUGGGCCUUAAGGUCGUGCCAAUGAUAGCACCCUUCUCCAAUCUCUGUGCAGUCAACAUCUCCGGCAACUUCAUGGGUAAGCACUGCCGCUGCCGGUCAGUAAGAUCGACAGAACAUUGUCAAUUGCUACUGCACCAAACAAUAGUACUUUCAGUAUCCCUUGACGGCUUCUCCAAACAAGGUAGUAAGAUAUGA